UAUUUCCCCGCCAACCCGUUUCUUGCUUCUCUCAUCUCUUCUCUUCUGUCAUUUCUCAUCAUUCCCCCGCACAUGGUUUCUCAAUGAUCUCUCUUCAUCACUCACUCACAAGUCUAAACAAUAACAACACCACCAUUCUCUCCAAUCUUCAUUCUCUUCGUUUCGUUUCUUUAACUUUCUACAACCUUGUUUGUUGUUUGUUGCUAUUAACUCCUAAGCUACUUUUUUUAUCCCUAGUAGUCGAGAAUAGUAUACCUAACUCCUCCAUGAAUUAAGUUAGACCCACUUGAUACUAAUUAACCCAUUAUCUAUCUAUCUAUCAAUUAUGACUCAGUGCUUCUUCAGCUUCACCGAGACCCGAAACCGGUGCUACCGGUCAAUGUUCGCCGGCUCGGGUCUCCGCUCCACCGUCACGGACCUAAAAGACGGGACCGUGAUGCACUGCUGGGAGCCAAAGGCCCGAGCCGAGUCGAAGCCAAGUCUGCUCCUAAUCCACGGAUUAGGCGCGAACGCGCUGUGGCAAUGGGGGGACCUCAUCCGCCACGUGGCGCCUCACUACAACGUGUACGUGCCAGACCUCGUGUUCUUCGGCGGGUCCUACACGGCCCGACCGGAGCGCGGGGAGCGGUUCCAGGCUGAGUGCGUGGCGCGGGUGAUGGAGGCGAAGGGGGUGCGAAGGGUGAGUUUAGUGGGGCUGAGUUAUGGCGGGUUUGUUGGGUACUGCAUGGCAGCGAUGGAGGAGGGGGUGGUUAUGGUGGAGAGGGUGGUGGUGUGUGGGUCCGGGGUGUGUAUGGAAGAGAGGGAUGUGAAGGAAGGGCUUUUUCCUGUCAUGGAUUUGGAUGAGGCUGCGAAUAUCUUGGUGCCGCGAACGCCGGAGAGACUUAGGGAGCUUGUUGGUUACACGUUUUUUAAACCACCUCCUUUGUGGUGGUUGCCCUCUUGCUUCCUACUUGAUUUCAUUGAGACAAUGUGCAGGGACUAUGAACAAGAAAAGAGAGAAUUGAUCAAAGCCCUUGCAAAGGACCGAAAAAUCUCUGACCUCCCCAAGAUAUCUCAGCCCACAUUAAUUAUCUGGGGAGAACAUGAUCAAGUAUUUCCUUUAGAAUUGGCUCACAGAUUGAAAAGGCAUUUAGGGGACAAUGCUCAACUUGUGGUCAUUAAGAAUGCAGGGCAUGCUUUCAAUGUGGAGAAGUCAAAGGAGUUCUUCAGCAUCUUGAAGUCCUAUCUUGUGGAUUCGCAGCUACCUGUUGAGAGCUCACCUUCAAAGUUGCAAAAUAACAACAAUCCAGAAGAUGGGAUUAACUACUCUCAAUCUAUUCCACAAGUUGAGCAACCUCCAACUAAUCUUGAAAGUACUCCAACUCCUAAUGUUGAACGUGCUCCAACUCCAACUACCAUUCAAAGUUUAUUUGGAGAGGAAAAUAUUGGUGGAGAUUUGAAGAGGAGCAUUUACAACUCUGGCCAACUCUAUAGAGAUAUCUUCCCAAACCGGAAGAGGCUUAGGUCUUUAUAUUUCCGGUUUUCAGAUUUGUUCAGAAAAAAGGGUUUGGAACAAGCUUUAUCUUCUGGGAUGGCCAUGGUUUGGUGCUUCUCUCUUUUGCCUGUGAGGAAGGAGAAACUCAAGGGGAAUGAAAGGUCUUCAAAAGAGGACUUUAACACUCUACUUGCCAAACUACAAUCUACAAAAAAAAUAUCAUCAGAGCCAGCCACUUUUGAUGCCCUGUUCAAUGCGAGGAUUACGACCCUUGAGAGUCCUGUGAAGGCUGAAGCUCAGGAAACUUAUAAAGAUGAAGAUUCAACAUUGAUCAAGAGAGAACUCUCUGAUUUUUAUCUCCAAGAUCAUGAAGCUGUGGCAAGCAAAGGAUAUGAUACAACAGAUAAAGAGGUAGAGUACCCCAUUUUGUAUGAAAACCAAGUCAACAAUGAAUUGGAAGACAAAAGUGAUAGAUUCAGCCGAAAGAGUGUUGAUACAACCGAAAGCGGACACACCAGUGAUCCUGGAAUUGGCAUGGCUGAUUCCUGGGCUUCUCCAAAGUUCAAGAGAUACUUAUCCAACCUUGAAAAGUUUGAUGAGCAUGGGAAGAUUACUCGUCACUUGCCAGCGGCUUCAAAGUCGAAGUCUUUCAAGAAUUUUCAGGAGUUAUCAUCAAUGGUCAGUCUUGAAAGCCCCAGGUCUGUGAUGAGUCACCACAGUGCAGAUAGAGUAUUGUUGAAAAGGCACUCUUCAAGUCAGGUACUCCCUUCUAGAAGUAAAAAAUUGUGGUGGAAGAUGAUCCUGUGGAGCCACAGGAACAUACAGAGAACUCUCUCUAGCAAUUCAACACUAGUUCCUACUAGUGCUGCUUUAAAUAGUGGAUACUCUUCAGACACCCUUGAACCAAAACAAGGCAAGGCAUUGAGGCCUGUGAAGUCUUCUGAUUCAAUUACUAUGGAAUCCUUUAACAAACGAAGCAGAACUGGUAAAAAUAUUGAUAAUCAAAGGGGGAGCAGGUUUCAAAGUGACCAAUGGAUUUCUUUCUCAACAGAAUCAUCCUCUUUUACCAGAGUGGAUGCAUGGGUGAAAGGUCUCGAAAUUCAGCAGCCGCUUCCUGAGGAUGAUUUUGAUGUCGACAAUGCUAGAAGCAUUGUUUUCCCACCUUCUCCUAAUGCUGGUGGAUCAAUGAUCAGAACCACAUCUCAGUUGACUUAUCCAGAUGCCAAUCUUUCAAAAGAGGCUUUAACUGCCAUAAGUGUAGUCCUGUCUCUAAAUCCAACUUCAACUAUUGCUCACAUAUCUGGUAUUGGUAUAAAAGCCAUCCCUUCUAUUUCACACUUAUCCAGUCUCCGUGCUGUCAACUUGUCAAACAAUUUCAUAGUUCACAUCUCACCAGGAGUUCUACCAAAGGGUAUUCAAACACUUAACUUGUCAAAAAACAAAAUCAGCACCCUUGAGGGCCUCAGAGAAUUGGCCAAGUUGCGGAUACUUGACCUAAGCUACAACCGCAUUUCGAGAAUUGGACAAGGUUUGUCAAGUUGUACACUAAUCAAAGAGCUGUAUCUUGUUGGGAACAAGAUAAGUGAUGUUGAAGGGCUACACAGGCUAUUGAAGCUAACAGUUCUAGACUUGAGCUUCAACAAGAUCACAACAGCAAAAGCAUUAGGCCAGCUUGUGGCUAACUUCAACUCACUUAAGGCCCUUAAUCUCCUUGGAAAUUCAAUUCAAAGCAACAUCAGCGAUGACCAGCUAAGCAAAGCAGUCUGUGGUCUUCUUCCAAAGAUGGUGUACCUGAACAAGCAACCUGUCAAGGCUCAUAGGACACGCGGAAUAUUAAGCGAUAGUGUUGCCAGAGCUGCACUCGGGAGCAGCACGCGUAGCUGCAACAGAAGAUCAAUUAGAAGAGUUGGCCAUGGAGGAUCAAAUCUCUCCAGAGGUAAUAGAAGGAGUACCAGUGUUUCCCAGAAAAGCACGAACCGGACAAGGAAGUGAAAUUGAAGCUGUUUGUUGCAUGUUAGAGGAGCAACUCAAUGGAACACUUUCAUUUGGUUCUUCUCAAUGUUAUAUCAGAGGAAACUGUGUGUUAGAUGUUGCUGUCUCUUGAUUUGUUUGUGAGAUAUGUAAAAUUUCAUUUAAUAGCUUAAAAUUUUAAGAUAAUUGUUUCCUGAUAUAAUAGUAUCAAAGCCCUCAUAAUCAUGUUGUCGCUUCAAGGCCAAAGGGCUCUAGCAUGAGGGGUUAUGUUGGAUAUGAAAGUCAUUAUUUGCUUUCAGCCUACAGUUUGAACUUUUGGAACGUUUGAUUCGUGACAUUGUUAAGUCAUAAAAUGUUGAAGUAAUGGGAAUGGGGUCUUCUUUGUCUCUAACUUGAUA